AUGUCAACAGUCGAUCACUCUGAGAGCCCGUCCGCAAGCUCCCGCUGCACUCCGCUUCCCCCUUACCCUCGAAAACAAAGCCGUGAUUUAACCUGGAGAAUUCGCUGCAGUCUGUACAGCAAAGCGCGGCAUAAACGUUAUUGUAAUAGUAUAGUCAAUAUUCAAUAUAGUAUCGAGUUUUUACGCGACUUUAUAGUUUACAGUGGGUUGGACAUUGGAUUAAAAAACAUUAAUAAUAGAGAGAUACGUUGAAGGAGACUAAAAAACUAUUAGAAAUUGUGGUAACAACUCCCAUGACGACAUCAGAGGCUGAACGAUGUUUUUCAACCCUAAAUCGGAUCAAGACCUUUAUCAGAAAUUCAAUGAUUGAAGAUCGUCUAACAGCUCUCUCCAUGCUAUCCAUUGAGAAAAAGUUUAUCUCUAAAAUAGACAAUUUUAAUGAAAAAGUGAUUACAAAAUUUGCAAGCAGAAAAGAGCGUAGGAUAGACUUAAUUUACAAAAAAUAGGUAA